AUGUAUUCCUAUCGGAGACCACCGCAGGAACCAACACAAGCAGAUCUUAUUGUUAUUCAGUACCCGGGCAUUGUUAAAAAUCUUGAUCGAGCAUUGGAAACACUAGGGGGAUUGUCGAGAAUUUCGCAGAGUCAUUUUUCUGGUCAUGCGCUCGAGCUACGACAUACUCCAGAGAAUCCAUACACUAGUGCAUCAAUUUCGGAGAAGAAAAGUGACGUUAACGUGACUUCUGGCACUUUACGAGUUGUGAUGGAAAUCCGCCGUAAAAAGAAAAAACCGGAUGUUAUUGAGACGAAAUUCUUGGGUUUGGUGAACUACUUGUACACAUUUGAUACGAUAUGUGAUUUUCAAUAUCUACCAUUGAAGAAACGGGAGGAAGAUGAUGCAUUUGACGAUCUUUUACCUCGUCUCAUACCACAGGAUCUUCCGACAGCUUUGUGCUGGUGGGAGCGACCCGAUCCAUCUCCAGACUACACGCCACUUUAUCUUCCGCCUUUCCAGUUCAGUCGCUAUAAUACUCCAUCAAAUAAACUCCUUUGUCGUGAAACCGAUUUCGCCGAGGAAAAAAUGCGUAGGAAGACUGGACACGGACAAAACUUGCGAGUAGAACGAAAGGCGCUCUCCGUUACCGUACAGGCAGGUGAUCCGUUCCCCUCUGCUCCCACUUCUGAAGCGGUUGCUGAUGCAAAUUUCAGGUGCAAGAAUGAAGAACCGCACAGAAUGUUGUCGCUUCUGUUUGAUGAACGACCAUUAUGGACAAGAGUCGGCAUCGCGUACAAGACAGGGCUCGACGAUAAUUUACUCAAAACUCUUCUGCAGAAGUUUGCCUUCUACAUUCAAUCCGGACCGUGGGGAAGAUUGUGGUGUAAAUUUGGGUAUGAUCCACGAACAGAUCCUGAGUCGAAAAACUACCAGACGCUCAUGGUUACCUUUAGGCAACAUUCUAAAAUUCCGGAAAGGCAGCGCCUUAAGGUGUCAGCGGAACGCGGCUACCAGUCAGAUAAUUCAACUCCUAUACAUUUUACAUAUCAGCCAGGUCGCUUGCCAAGAGUACGACAAAUGUGGUAUAGCCUUUGUGAUAUAAAGUUGCCAUUUGCGGAGGCGAUGCUCAGAAAGGACCACAGUAAAGCACAAGAACCAGAAGUUAACGGAUGGAUUCAUGCGGACUUGUUGGAAGAGCUGCGUGAACUCAUCAAGGAAGAUGUUAAAAAGACGAGUAAGGAUAUGGAUGCGGAUGAGGAAAUGGAGACUGGUGACGACUUUUAA